CACACUCCUAUGCCAGCACUCCUCUGCAAGCUUUUGAUACUAUCUUAUGCUACCGUAGGAUCUGCUUGGAGAUUAGUCUGCGCUGGACUGGAGUGAGUGACAGACAAGUGAAAGUCACAUCUGUCUGUGAUCAGGGACGGCAAAACCGCCGUUGCUAGGCGUGGCAGGAUGAAUCACCAAGUCCCUGAGGUUACCUUCGGUCAAUUUGUCACUCAGGAGGCCUGGCUUAUGUGUGUAUAUUUGCAAUGCCUGUAAUCUAGGUAGACAAUUCAUAUAAAUCCUGUAGUAUUAUACUAAAAGGCUAAUCAAAUAUAAUCAUAAUGGAUAUUUUAUGUAUUUCAAAAGAAGUUUGGUAUAGUAUUUUUUUUAAAGUAACUUUCCAGUAGAAUGGCAAAUAUUUAGGCAGUAAAAAUAUUAGAAGAGCCAGCCCUGGGCCUAAUUUGCAGAAGGAAGCAAGAUGGCGGUGUUUCGGGCCGAUCCGUGCGGGAUUAUCUGCAUCGUCGUGACUUACGCCGCCGUUAUCUACGCGGAUUACGUCGUGGUUCGACACCUGGCGAUCCCGACCAUGACGUCCAACCUGUGGGGCGCCUUUCACGUCGUGCUGUUCAACAUCAUCGUGUUUCUGCUGACCCUAGCGCACCUGCGAGCCGUGUUUUCGGACCCGGGUAUCGUGCCCCUCCCUGCCAACAACAUCGACUUCUCGGACGUUCGCUCGGCGGGGAAGAGAAAACUGUCUGAGAAAGAGGCGGAGGACUGGACGGUGUGUGCUCGCUGCGACGCGUAUCGCCCUCCCAGGGCGCACCACUGUAAGAUCUGCCGGCGGUGUAUCCGUCGCAUGGACCACCACUGCCCCUGGAUUAAUAACUGCGUGGGCGAGCUGAACCAGAAAUUUUUCAUCCAGUUUCUGUUUUACACCGGAGUGGCGUGCUGUUACGCCCUCCUCUUGGUCAUCAUCUCUUGGGUCAUCGAGUGCACGGGACCGGGGUGUAAGAUUGACCACCAAGGCAGGCAAACGCGCGUCGUGCACUCCGUCAUUCUCACGAUAGAAGCCAUCCUGUUCGGCCUCUUCGUCUCGGCCAUCAUGUGCGACCAGCUUUCCGCCAUCUUUACGGACGAGACGGCGGUGGAACAGAUCCAGAAGCGCGGCAGGGAGAGAGAGAGGCCCCGCAAGCCCAAGAUGGCGCUCCUAGCCGAGGUGUUCGGCCGGGGUAAACCCCUCCUCUGGCUCUGCCCCUGCCAGGCCGCACCUGACCCUCAGACUAUCAGCAACCCCCAAGAGUAUGAUGUAUAGUGAACAGUCCCGCAGGAGAAUAAUGUGAAAUGUACAGUCCCGUGGGAGAAAGGCAUAUAAUGAACAGUCCCAUGGAAUAAAAACGUUUAACAAAGACUAAAGAGUUCAGCAACAGUAUGACGUAUACUAGUAAGUUAUUACGUUGACGUUAUAGCCCCCUUGGUAUGUUAUGAACGAUCCCGUAGGGGCACAGCAUCUGACAAACAGCCUUGCAGCAACACAAUGUAAAAUGUACAGUCCCGUGGAAUUACAACGUCGAACAAAGAGUCCUGCAACAGUAUGGCAUUACAUGUUGACGUUAUAACUUAUACUAAGUUAUAGCCCCCUUGGUAUGUUAUGAACGAUUCCGUAGGGACACAUCAUCUGACAAACAGUCUUGUAACAGCACGAUAUAAAAUGAACUGUCCCGCAGGAAUACGAUAUGUAUGAAACGAACUUUCCUACCAGUAUGAUGUAUAACGACUCAAUGAAGACC